AUGUCUUUACAACUGAUUCAGUUUGCUAUGAAGGAAAUCCUAGUAGUUUAUCUCGAUACAUCAUUAAAUGUUAAUACCUAUAACUAUGUUUUAAAUGAUGGACUUCAAUGUGAUGAAGAGCACCUGGACAGAAGUGUUGCGAAACUCAUCGAUGGUAAGGCCUUUGCUAAAAAAGUGAGAGCUGAGGUGAAAGCAGAAGUUACUGAGUGGGUGAAUCAGGGGAAUCGUCCACCUCAUUUAAGUGUUGUCCUCGUAGGAGAUGAUCCAGCCAGUGCUUCCUAUGUUAGAAGUAAAACUAGAGCAGCAAGACAAGCAGGUAUAAGUGCAGAGACCAUAAGACUCCCAUCAACAAUAAGUCAACAUGAACUACUAGAUUUAAUUCAUUCACUGAAUGACAGUGUGAGUGUAGAUGGUAUCUUAGUACAAUUACCAGUUCCUAAACACAUAGAUGAAAGAACAAUAUGUGAUUCUGUACGACCAGAGAAAGAUGUGGAUGGAUUCCAUGUUAUGAAUGUUGGAAGACUAUGUUUAGAUCAAAAGACUUUAUUGCCAGCGACUCCAUUUGGCAUUAUGGAACUAAUAAAACGAGCAGGCAUAGACACAUUAGGCAAGAAUGCUGUUGUAUGUGGACGAUCAAAAAAUGUUGGAUUGCCCAUAGCAAUGCUUUUACAUACUGAUGGAGAUCAUAACUCAGGAAUUGGUGCUGACAGCACUGUGACUAUAUGUCAUCGGUACACACCCCCGGAUCAGCUAAAAGUAUUUACAAAGACAGCAGAUAUUAUAAUAGUAGCUGUAGGUAUACCUGGUCUAAUAAGAGCAGAUAUGGUGAAAGAAGGUGCUGUUGUAAUUGAUGUUGGAAUAAAUAGGAUACAAGAUGAAGAAACUGGCACCUACAAACUUGUAGGAGAUGUGGAUUUUAAAGGCGUAUCUGAAAAAGCCAGUCACAUAACUCCUGUACCUGGUGGUGUUGGACCAAUGACAGUUGCUAUGCUAAUGAAGAAUACACUAACAGCUGCUAGAGGAGAUAUCAAGUUCUCUUAA